GUACGCGAAAAAUGUAUAAAAAUUGAGAGGCGUUAAAAGAAAUAUUUUUAUUUACGAACCGUUUGUUGUUGUCCAUGACUGACAAUGUCGAGCUUACAACGAACAAUAUUGAAAUCGAAACUUCCACCUACAAUUCCAGGAGGUCGAAUUGGUAGAGCAGAUUCUUUCAAGAAGUCUCGCAUACGUGACUACAAACCAUGCAUGUGGAACGAAUUUUUUGCCGAAAAGGAAGAUAUUGUGGUGGAUGAACAACGCACAUUUAGAAUCUACAGGACAAAGAAGCCCGAAAAACCGGGCCCUACAUUACUUCUGUUGCAUGGUGGGGGCUACUCAGCGCUCACCUGGGCGCAUUUUUGUUCAGAAGUGACAAGCAUGAUACACAGUCAGUGCCUGUGCAUUGACCUUCGGGGCCAUGGCGACAGCAAAGUGGAUGACGAGGACGACUUGUCGGCAGAUACGCUUUCAAAGGACAUUGGCGAUUUGUUGACGAAGCUGUAUCCAGAGGACAUGCCACAAAUUUAUGUAGUUGGCCACUCUAUGGGUGGCGCCAUUGCCGUACAUUUUGCGUAUAUGGCCUUGGUGCCGACUCUCAUUGGCAUUACAGUCAUUGAUGUGGUAGAGGGCACAGCUAUGGAAGCAUUAGCCAGCAUGCAAAGCUUUUUGCGCUCGCGUCCAAAGUACUUCCAGAGCAUACCGAAUGCCAUUGAAUGGUGUAUACGCAGUGGUCAGGUGCGCAAUGUGGACAGUGCCAAAGUCUCAAUGCCGGGACAGAUAAUCAACUGCACAACGAAUCAACUGGCAACGAAUGAUUUACCACUUCCCGAUGAAGUGCUGGAGGAGGCGCAUCAUACCAGCAUGUUUCCCAAUGCGUUUAGCAUUUCAGAGGAUGAGGAAUCACCUGCUGGUGAUGAGGGCGCCACAGGUGAAGACUUCAAGAAGCCCAUUACAACCAAGGCAGCUACAGAUGCGGCUAAGAACUACACCUGGCGCAUUGACUUGGCCAAGUCGGAAAAGUACUGGGUUGGAUGGUUCUCUGGUCUCAGCGACAAGUUCCUCAACUUGCGUUUGCCCAAGCAGCUACUGCUGGCUAGCAUCGACGGUUUAGAUCGCACGCUGACCGUAGGACAGAUGCAAGGACGCUUUCAAAUGCAGGUGCUAGCACGCUGUGGACAUGCCGUACAUGAAGACCGUCCCCAUGAGGUAGCUGAGGUAAUUAGCGGCUAUUUGAUACGCAAUCGUUUUGCCGAGGCCGCUGGCGAAUUUCGCUGCCACAUGCCCUCCUGUUAGGCGACAUCCAUGU